AUGUGUUUGAUAACGUGCAGUGGUGCUGGCGACGGCAAUAAUGGUGGUGGCGAUGGUAGUAGCAGUGGCAAUGGUGGUAGCAGCGACGAUGGUGGCGACUUGGCGUGGUGGUAUGAUGGUGGCGGUGACGGCAGUGGCUGCGGCGGUGAUGGUGGUAGCGGUGGUAGUGGUGGUAAUAAUAAUAGUUGUAGUGGCGAUGAUGGUGGCAGCGGCGUGGUAAUGGUAGUUAUGGUGGUGACGAUGGUGAUGGUGGUGGCAGCAGUGGCUGCAAUGAUGGUGAUGGUGGUGGUGGCAGCAGUGGCUGCAAUGAUG